AUGGUCCCCACACUAUUGCUUUGCCUGCUCUCUUUUCAAUUUCAAUUACCUUUUGUUUUUCCUGCCAGAAACAUUCCUCUCAAGUGCAUGCAAGACGUUGAUGAGUUCCUCUCUGAUCUGAAUUCAGUGGUGCCCAAAGAAUACACUCUAAGAAAACCUGAUGGCGCAGACUACAGUGGGGUGUGUGUCCCCGAUUCGUGUGUGGAAGAGGGUGUGACCAUGUUGUGUCGUCUGGAUAUUUUAAGAUUCAGAAACAUUUCAUUAGCCCCAUCCCUCUCUCUCUUUGCAUUAAACUCUUCACCCUCCUCUGGUGGGAGUGUGGCCAGAUGUGCUGCUGGGAGGUUCCCCUCGACACGUUUGCUGCCGUGUGUCUGUGAGGUCAUCUCGGUGCUGGGCCUGGCCUGGCCCCUGGGCGGGAAGGUCUACGUGGCCGCGGGGGCCCGGGGGUGGGACCGCGGGGGAGCGGCGGCCCCGGGCUCUCCCCCCGCCAGCUACCGGAGCCCGCCCGGGGCAGAGACGGCGCCAGGCGGGAAGCGCCGCCGACUGACCGAGUGCCUGCCUCGCCUGUCACUGUCAGGAGCCGCGAGCAGAGGAAAAAGGUUUCUAGGAGCCGUGGACCAUGCCUUGAAAUGCUUUUCUUGGCAGAAGAACGUGCCUGCCAUCUGGAUGCCAAAGACCCCAGGAAGCACCUGCUGUCCACUGAAUGGCAUCCGCAUCUUGAGCCUCCUCUGGGUCAUCUCGGGGCACACUGGUCAGAUGACCGCAUGGCUGUCGUCGGACCCUGCCUUUUCUCUUUGCUACAGAUAAUGUGAAUGGAAAACCCGAGUGCUUAGAAACCCACUGCACAUUUAUUCUCAGAGUGGCCCCUUCUAUCUUGGCGUUGAUACGUUUUUCCUGAUCAGUGGCUGGUUAAGUGCAAGGUCAUUUUUAAAGAUACAUCAGAAUUCAGACAAAGGAGUAACCCUUAAGGUCAUCCUCAGAUACUUUUUCAGUCGCUUGACAAGGCUGCAGCCUCUUCAUUUGUAUUCUGUGUGCUUGUUGGUUGGAUUGUUCUCCCUUGUUCCCUGGGGACCCGUCUGGGAAGUGCCUGAAUUCCACCUGGAUAAUUCCCGGCGAGCUUGGUGGACCAAUCUGCUGCUGCUGAAUAACUUCUUCUCGGUUCGGAACGCGUGCAAUGGUUGGACGUGGUAUCUUGCCAGUGACUUCCAGUUCCACCUCAUGACUCCGGUGAUAGUCGUCAUCCAUAGGAAAAGUAAACCCGCCCUGCUGCUCGUCGGCGUCGCGCUGUUCUCGGCGUGGUUCGCCGCCGCCGCCCUGCUCACGCUGGCGCACCGUCUCCCGGUGGCGGCGCCCAGUGAAAAUGUGACUGUGUUGUAUUUCUUGGAGUACUAUACCAAGCCCUACUGCCUAUUUGGGCCAUUCCUUGUGGGCCUCUUUCUGAGCAUUUUUAUGCACCAAAACAACCCAGAAAACAUUCUCAAAACCAAGGUGCAGGUCCUGUUGGGGUGGAUUUGCUGCCUGUCGACCCUAUUUGUGGUGGUGGCUCUGGCCUAUGCUGUAGAUGACACCUCUGACACCUCUUCAGUGGCUGCCACCAUCUGUCAGGCCCUGCACUGGAUGCUGUGGGUGGCUGUGGGCUGGGUCAUUUUGGCAUGUCAGGAAGGCUAUGGAGGUCUGGUGAGCCAGGUGCUUUCUUGGGAUGUCUGGAGUUUCCUGGCCAGCAUCAGUUAUGCUUGCUACUUGGUGCACCCACUCGUGAUCAUCCUCUACAAUGGACUUCAGGAAACACCAGUUCACUACACAGACACCAACAUGUUCUAUCUUUUCUCUGGACACUGUCUCCUGACCUUCAUCACCGGGCUGGCUCUGACGCUGUUCAUUGAGAAGCCAUGUCAGGAGCUGAAGCGGUACCUCCUGGGACCCACGUGUGCAGGGCUGUGAGCAUUAUAGCUGAGCAAGUGCAGGGCUGACCUCGUUUCUGUCAUAAAUACACGUGUU